UCCGGGCGCUAUAAGAGGGCAGCGGCCGCGGGGCGCCCUGCACGGGGCCGGGAGCGCGAUGGUCAGCCGCCGAGGCGCGGCAAGAUGCUGGAUGGGCCCCUGCUGGCGCGCUGGCUGGCCGCGGCCUUCGCGCUGACGCUGCUGCUCGCCGCGCUGCGCCCCUCGGCCGCCUACUUCGGGCUGACGGGCAGCGAGCCCCUGACCAUCCUCCCGCUGACCCUGGAGCCAGAGGCCGCCGCCCAGGCGCACUACAAGGCCUGCGACCGGCUGAAGCUGGAGCGCAAGCAGAGACGCAUGUGCCGCAGAGACCCAGGCGUGGCGGAGACGCUGGUGGAGGCGGUCAGCAUGAGCGCGCUGGAGUGCCAGUACCAGUUCCGGUUCGAGCGCUGGAACUGCACUUUGGAGGGCCGGUACCGGGCCAGCCUACUCAAGCGAGGCUUCAAGGAGACCGCCUUCCUCUAUGCCAUCUCCUCGGCCGGCCUGACGCACGCGCUGGCCAAGGCGUGCAGUGCGGGCCGCAUGGAGCGCUGCACGUGCGACGAGGCCCCCGACCUGGAGAACCGCGAGGCCUGGCAGUGGGGUGGCUGCGGGGACAACCUCAAGUACAGCAGCAAGUUCGUCAAGGAGUUCCUGGGCCGGCGGUCGAGCAAAGAUCUGCGAGCCCGCGUGGACUUCCACAACAACCUCGUGGGUGUGAAGGUAAUCAAGGCUGGGGUGGAGACCACGUGCAAGUGCCACGGUGUGUCGGGCUCCUGCACGGUGCGGACAUGCUGGCGACAAUUGGCGCCCUUCCAUGAGGUGGGCAAACGCCUGAAACACAAGUACGAGACGGCCCUCAAGGUGGGCAGCACCACCAACGAGGCCACCGGUGAGGCCGGUGCCAUCUCCCCGCCUCGGGGCCGGGCGGCCGGGACAGGAGGCAGCGACCCACUGCCCCGCACGCCGGAGCUCGUGCACCUGGAUGACUCGCCCAGCUUCUGCCUGGCCAGCCGCUUCUCCCCGGGCACCGCCGGCCGCAGGUGCCACCGGGAGAAGAACUGCGAGAGCAUCUGCUGUGGGCGUGGCCACAACACGCAGAGUCGGGUGGUGACGCGGCCCUGCCAGUGCCAGGUUCGCUGGUGCUGCUACGUGGAGUGCAGGCAGUGCACACAGCGUGAGGAGGUCUACACCUGCAAGGGCUGAGCCCCCGGCCCCGCCCCCCUGCUGCGGGGGCGAGGCAGUGCGUACAGCGCCAAGGGUCUACACCUGCAGGGGCUGAGCCCCCGGCCCCGCCCCCCUGCUGCGGGGGCGAGGCAGUGCGUGCAGCGCGAGGGGUCUCCACUGGCCGGCCUGGCUGUCUCUGCCCCUUCGUUCCCCCCUUGCAAAGACCCAGAGGCGGGAGGUGGCCCUGGUCUGGCCCCUGCGUCCCCUCUGCGC